CCCGCGACCGGCGCCUCCGCUCUCCUAGUCCUCCUGAUUUCGAUGGCUUUCCUGAAUGGCUGACUGUGGGCUGCCCUGGACUUGGCCCCCGGACAGUCGCCUCUCCUCCUCCUCCUCCUCUUCCUCCUCCUCUUCCUCCUCCUCCUCCAACUCCUCGGCACACCAGCUCUGAGAGCGAGAGAGUGAACGAGAGAGGGAGGGAGAGAGUGAGAGCGAGCGAGAUCUUUGGAGAGAUUUUUUUUUUUUUUUUUUUUGCCUCCUACUUCUGUCUUGAAGCCAGACAAUCGACUUGCAGCUCUCCCUCCCCUCCCUCUCUCUCCACGUUCUGCUGCCACUCGCUCUCCCCUGGCCCCAUCCCCUCCCCUCCCGGCGGAAAGCCCCCCGAAACCAACAAAGCUGAGCCGAGGGAAACAAACAAAACAAACACACCGGGCCAGACAAGCAAUCGACAAAACUUUGCAAAAGCAGAAACAAAAAAAGGAAAAACUAACCAACCUCAACCAACCAGCCCCCGAGACACCCGGGGCGCUCUCCUGCGCCCUCUCGCACCCUCGCACACACAAAAGGCGGCGCGCCGGAGCCCGAGACCCGGGAGCCGCCGCCGCCCGAAGCCAGGGGAGCAGGAAGUCCGGACGCGGCCCCCAUAGAUAUGGCAAUGGUAGUCAGCACGUGGCGCGACCCCCAGGACGAGGUGCCCGGCUCGCAGGGCAGCCAGGCCUCGCAGGCGCCGCCCGUGCCCGGCCCGCCGCCCGGCGCCCCGCACACGCCACAGACGCCCGGCCAAGGGGGCCCGGCCAGCACGCCGGCCCAGACGGCGGCCGGCGGCCAGGGCGGCCCUGGCGGCCCGGGCGGCGACAAGCAGCAGCAGCAGCAGCACAUCGAGUGCGUGGUGUGUGGGGACAAGUCGAGCGGCAAGCACUACGGCCAGUUCACGUGCGAGGGCUGCAAGAGCUUCUUCAAGCGCAGUGUGCGGAGGAACCUGAGCUACACGUGCCGCGCCAACCGGAACUGUCCCAUCGACCAGCACCACCGCAACCAGUGCCAGUACUGCCGCCUCAAAAAGUGCCUCAAAGUGGGCAUGAGACGGGAAGCGGUGCAGAGGGGCAGGAUGCCGCCCACCCAGCCGACCCACGGGCAGUUUGCGCUGACCAACGGGGACCCCCUCAACUGCCACUCGUAUCUGUCGGGAUAUAUUUCUCUGCUGCUGCGCGCCGAGCCCUACCCCACGUCGCGCUUCGGCAGCCAGUGCAUGCAGCCUAACAACAUCAUGGGCAUCGAGAACAUUUGCGAACUGGCCGCGCGGAUGCUCUUCAGCGCCGUCGAGUGGGCCCGGAACAUCCCCUUCUUCCCUGACCUGCAGAUCACCGACCAGGUGGCCCUGCUUCGCCUCACCUGGAGCGAGCUGUUCGUGCUGAACGCAGCCCAGUGCUCCAUGCCCCUCCACGUCGCCCCGCUCCUGGCCGCCGCCGGCCUACAUGCCUCGCCCAUGUCCGCCGACCGGGUGGUCGCCUUUAUGGACCACAUACGGAUCUUCCAAGAGCAAGUGGAGAAGCUCAAAGCGCUGCACGUCGACUCCGCCGAAUACAGCUGCCUCAAGGCCAUAGUCCUGUUCACCUCAGAUGCCUGUGGUCUCUCUGAUGUAGCCCAUGUGGAAAGCUUGCAGGAAAAGUCCCAGUGUGCUUUGGAAGAAUACGUUAGGAGUCAGUACCCGAACCAACCAACGCGAUUCGGAAAGCUUUUGCUUCGCCUCCCUUCCCUCCGCACGGUCUCCUCCUCAGUCAUAGAGCAAUUGUUUUUCGUCCGUUUGGUAGGUAAAACCCCCAUCGAAACCCUCAUCCGGGAUAUGUUACUGUCCGGCAGCAGUUUUAACUGGCCGUAUAUGGCAAUUCAAUAAAUAAAUAAAUCAAUAUAAGACGGGGGAGUGAAACAGAGAGAAAGAAAAGGCAAAAGACUGGUUUGUUUGCUUAAAUUCCUUCUGUUAAGAAAGGAUAUAAAAGGAUGUUACAAGUUUGCUAAAAGAAGAGAGGGGAAGAAUUUAAUGGACUGUGAAUUUCAAAAAAAAAAAAAAAGACUGUCAAGUGAACUUUUACAGAAUGCAUUAAAAAAAAAACUCCUGUGUCGGUCAGAACAACUUGCUACUUAUCAUUUUUGUAUAAAAAGGAAAUUAGUCUUUUUCUUUUUUUGGUAAAUUUUUGAAAAAUAUUGCUAAAAGUGCAUUUAAGGAGAUUGGGAGAAAAUUAGCAGAAUGGAGAAAGUAAGUCUUUUUUUUUUUUUUCCAAAUUAUUAAUUGUCCUGUGUCUAUGUACCUCUAGCUGUUCUUUUUUGUACUUAUCUGGUUCCAAACCAGUUUAUUCUGUGGUUCUAUAAUAAGUUUUGAUAUAAUCUUGGCUUCUUAAAAACUGUGUAUCCUUAAAAUAUAUGUUCUGCAAGAAUUAAAACUGAGUCCAUGAAAAUAUCAUAGGAAGACAUAAAACUUUAAAAGGCAACUCAAAGAUGAUGGAAACGCACUUACAAGUGGUGACCAAAAAUUUUAGGUGAAGUUGAGCACUCUAAUUUGAGAACUGGAGGAACCACAUACAACACUUAACUUCCCCUACCCUGGCCUCCCUGCCCCCCCAAAAAAACACCAUGACAAACCUAGCUUUUUAAAAAUAUUUUAAGAAAGAGAAUGAACUGUGGAAUUUAUUGGCAGCCAAGGAAUGUGUCCAAGACACAUGCUGAGGUUUUGAAUAAAAAGUGAACUUUUGUAAUUUGAAUUGGGUCCCGCUUAGUUCUUGAAUUGUUAUGAAAAUCCUAUAUCUGUUUGUAUAUUUGCAAACCCUUUGUAUUAUAAUUGUUGAUAUUUUCCCUUUUUAAAAAAAUACCCAUUGAAAUCAGCAUGACAAAAUAACACUGUUGGCACUUAUAGGUAACGUGAUUGAUUCAGUAUCUUAGAGUUUACAGUUUGUGUUUUAAAAAAACUGAAGGUUUUUUUUUAAGUGCAACAUUUCUGUAUACUGUAAAAGUUAUAAUAACUGAACUGUUUGGUCGAGUCUUUGUGUGUUAUAUUCCAAGGAAAAUUGAAAGUAUUCAGAAAUUAAAAUAUUAUUUGAUAUCUGAAACCUGUUUGGCUGUCCCCACUGUCUUUCCAUCAAGAAGAGCCCCUGUGAGCUCUCCCUGAGCCCGGCCUGGGGGCUCUAUUUAUUUUCUCCCCUCAGUCAGUUUGUUCAAAGGUGGACUAGUGUAUUUGCCUGUUUAAUUUGGGUGUGUGUUGGGGGGAAGCUGAAGUUAAUGGUUUAUCUAUGGUUUAGGAAGUGCCAUACUGAUAUAGUAAACCACCCCCAUUCACCUAAUCCUCCUUUUAAUUAAAAAUGGAUUUUCCAGGAAAAAAAAAAGGCCCUUAUAUUUGUCACACUUAAGUGCCUGCUUAGGGAAGGUAUUGUGAAAAGUAUUCGAAAUCUUGAGAUCAGUAUCUAUUUUAUGAUCAGAAAAAAAUACUGUUUUGUACAUUUCUGACAGUUAGGCAGAAGACCAUUCAAGCAAGCUAAUCACAGCAUUGUAAAUAGGGGGCAGUUGUUUGCAAUGAGUUUUUCCUUAAGUAGGUGUGAUUUUUAAAAAUAUUCUGUGGUUCUCAUCUAGCGUGGUUGUUGAGAGGAUUUCAAAUUCCGUGAUCUAGCUUAUAGUGCUGAAGGGUCUGUUUUUAAUGUAUAUAUGAUAACUUGCAGUUGGUCUGCCUUUCCCCUCCCCCCCUUUACGUUCAUUCUGUGAGAGCAUGACCACAGG